AUUCUCCUUCUUGUAUUUUAAGUUUCAGUUUUUGCAUUUUUUCCCUCCUUUUUGGCAAGCAGCCAGUUUUCCCUAUUAAAAUUAAGGAUGCUGUCCACAUUAUCAGCACAAAAGUUAAACGCUUGUACAAAAUCGAGACCAGAACCUCUUACCGAGAAUAUUAAUAAGGAGAACAAGGAUCCAUCUUCAUAUUUUAAACACCAAAUCACAGCCAGAAGAGACAAAGAUGUUUCUCAAAGUUUUCAAACGAAAGAUACAAAAGUUACAACUGAAGAUGCUGAAUUUGAGCCCUUGUUGCGAGAAAAUCCUCGGAGAUUUGUUAUUUUUCCCAUUGAAUACCCAGACAUCUGGCAGAUGUAUAAGAAAGCAGAGGCUUCAUUCUGGACUGUAGAAGAAGUUGAUCUGUCCAAAGACCUGAUACAGUGGGAGAAUUUAAAAGAAGAUGAACAACACUUUAUUUCUCACAUCCUGGCUUUCUUUGCUGCUAGUGAUGGGAUUGUUAAUGAAAAUCUUGUGGAAAGAUUUAGCCAGGAAGUUCAAGUAACAGAAGCUAGGUGUUUUUAUGGUUUCCAAAUUGCCAUUGAAAAUGUCCAUUCAGAAAUGUACAGUUUGUUAAUUGACACAUACAUCAGAGACCCAGAGAAAAGAAUGCAUCUUUUCAAUGCAAUUGAAACCUUGCCUUGUGUGAAGAAGAAAGCAGAUUGGGCUCUCAACUGGAUAGGUCAUCCUACAGCUACUUUUGGUGAGCGAGUUGUAGCCUUUGCUGCUGUGGAGGGCAUAUUCUUUUCUGGGUCAUUUGCAUCAAUAUUCUGGCUUAAGAAGAGAGGUCUGAUGCCUGGUUUGACAUUCAGUAAUGAACUUAUCAGUAGAGAUGAGGGCCUACACUGUGACUUUGCUUGCUUGAUGUUUAGUCAUCUUGUCAGAAAACCACCCAAAGAACGAGUGAUGGGGAUUAUUCAAGAAGCUGUGAAGAUUGAACAAGAGUUCCUAACAGAUGCUCUGCCAGUUGCUUUAAUUGGCAUGAAUUGUCAGUUGAUGAGACAAUACAUAGAAUUUGUUGCCGAUCGACUAUUAUUGGAACUAGGCUGUGAUAAGAUCUAUAAUGUGGAAAAUCCUUUUGAUUUUAUGGAACACAUAUCUUUGGAAGGCAAGACAAACUUUUUUGAAAAGAAGGUGGGCGAGUAUCAGAAAUGUGGGGUCAUGGCGAGACGUGAAGAACACAAGUUUACAUUAGAUGCUGACUUUUAAGUUCAGUAAAGCUUGUUUUAUGGUAAUUUAAACCCAAAAAUGAAGCUUUGUUUCCCUCAGAUGAUUUAAUGUUUUAAACUGUAUACUCUAGUUUUUUUUUAUUUAUAUACAUAUAAUAUUUUAAUUGAGUGUAUUAUUGUACAUAGAUUUUCUUAUGUAUGUUUGUCAAAGUGAUUAACACUUGUCAUCAAAGAAAAACUUGUACGUGAACAAGUUUCAUUUAACACAUUCAGUGCCUUCUCGGAGAUCGAUACCCAUGCCAUGUGCCAUUAGUUUUUGUUUUAAUCAGAAGCACUUUAAUAAAGCAAAAUAAUAAUAUUUGGAUAGAAUAUUUAUGGGCAUAUAUGCUUAACCAACUAAAAUCUGUAUCAUAAUGCACGUGACCAACAUCUAUUUUUUUAUAUCUUGUCAUGGUUUUUGGGUAUGUUUUGAAUUUGUAAUAAGGUUAAAUUAUAGCCAUUUGAAGGAGCACUAUUAUAUAAUAUAUAUAUAUAAAAAACAAUUUGCAACCAACCAAAAGAUCUAAGAGAGAAAACCCUCAGGUGAGUGCCGUCACACCAGAAUCGAUUUUUAAUGCAUGCUGACUCCAAUAAAAUGCAAAUUUGCCUCAUUGUUUUAGUUUGUUUGUUUUUGAAUUUCACACAAAGCUACACAAGGGCUAU